AUGGAAGAUGCUGAGAGAAUAGACCGUGCAGAGAUGAUGCCGAAGGAAUUGCGCAAGCCGGCGCACUCAUUCCAAGCGACCCUUGUACAAUUUCCUGGCUUUGCGUCCCUUUCGAAACCUCGGCCCUGCUAUAUCAAUGCCAUUCCGUCAGAGCUUCUCAUGGAAGUACUGGUAUACCUACCCUCAGUGAUGGAUGCGUAUACCCGUGUACAUAUCGAUCCGUUGAUGCUACCCUCGGAUGACGAAGGAUCCGGUGAUGAAGUCGAUGAAGACGAUUCGGACGAUGAUAGCGACGAAGACUUUACGCACGACACAAUCUGUGAAGCAGAAGCACAAGAGGGCUACGGCGAUUGCCUAGCCGAGAGACAUCAUCGCCGCGGAUGUCUUCUGUUCUGCUCUCAGAGAAGAUGGAACUAUCUUAAUGUCCUUCGUGUCUGCAAAACGUGGCAAGCGAUUGCUCUGAGCUGCCCUGCUUUUUGGACAACGAUCGCGAAGCACAAUGCACACACAGUCGAGCUGUCAUUGCGCCUAUCGGGGAACCUUCCUCUGUACCUGAACGCAGACACCACGCCGUGGCCGUCUGUAAACUCCCUCUUACGCUCACUGAAUCACCUCCCUCGGAUCCGGACCCUGAGCCUAUCAUCCGGGUCUCGUGAUGCACAUGUCGUACAUGCAAUCCCAUAUCUCAAUGAUUACUUUAUGUCAUACAGCGCAGCCUUGCUCGAGGAACUGCGUCUCGACUUCUCGAAUCGGGGCAUGCCGUCUUGGCUCACAACGACGAACUGGGUUCAAAGGACCUUCCCUGUCCUGAAGGUGCUGGACUUGAACUACAUUUCCCUUUCUGGAACGUGCACUCUUCUAUCACAUUCCCUCACCGAGCUCUCCCUCACUCGAUGCGUUGCCCCGUGGGAGACUACGGCCGAACUCUUGGACGUUUUGCACUCUCUACCUCUACUCGUCCACCUCACGAUCGCCGAAAUGGAUCACCCACCGGAUCUUGGCGCCGACGAUCCACCUUCCCUCGCAAACAUCGUAUUGCCUGUCCGCAUGAGGCAUCUACGAUCUCUCGGUCUUCAAGGACCCACCUUGUGCAUCAGUCGCUUGUUAACUAUGACUGAAACUCCUCUGACUAUGGAUCUGGACCUCAAAUACGAGCACCGUGCGAUUCCGCCCGCCGCGGCCGUUGAGAUCGGCCAUACUUACGCAGUAUUUGAUCUCAUCGGCAACGCCAUGCCCGACGACGCGUACUUCAAGGAUAUAACUCUUUUCAUCAAUCUCGCCGAGCGUUCUAUUGAGUUUUCGUUCGGGUGCUUGAAGAAUCCGUCGAACCGACCGUGCACUGAAGAGAUGACACAUCUACAUACAUGGUCAAUGGUAGAAGACACGAUCUUCCCUAGCACUUGGGCUUUCACCCAGCGAAUCGCCGCACCGUUUCUCCCUCGUAUCACGCACGUCGAGGAAAUAUCGAUGGGCAUCAUCUUACACCGAUACACGACAGGAGCGGCAAUCAGUCUUUCACUUCCCCCGAAAUGUUUCAGUUCCGUAUUGGACGUCACUGGGCUCACAUAUCUGCUACUUGAGUUCGACGCCGCGAUGGAGUUUCUCCCAUGGAUAGUUCGCCUGAUGUACGAUGUGACCGCGACGGACGGUUUUCAUUCAAGCGCAGAACUCAAAUCUACGCCAUCACCCCUCCCAAAUCUCAGCAAACUGAAAUUGGCGGACUGCAACAUGGCAUGCCUGAUGCCCCUCAACAACUUGUACCUAUCUGCACCCUCCGAUACACUGUUCUCGUAUCUUUGGCUCUUCCUACACGCGAAGAAACCAAUCACGCACCUCAUGAACGUCAAGAUCUCGAACGCGAUGAUGGCGGAGGUCCAUCGGUUGCUCGGAGCACGAUUGGAGCUCGACUAUUGCGACUUGUGGGAGCCCGAAGAGCUCACGCAGGUCGCUGUACGACUGGCGGCAGACUGCUCGGAGGAGUUGAUCGUUACUGCUAAUGAAUGGGGUUGGGGACAGCACACGAAGAGCAUCGUCGUUCCUGGCUCGGACAUUAGAGAUCCCAUGCCUUCGUCUUAG